AUGAAGGCGCCAAAUAAGGAAAAAUUGAUAGUAAUAGCAGAAGAUUUUUAUAUACGAUCAAACUUUCCGAACUGUCUUGGAGCCGUGUAUGGGAAACACAUCCGAUUAAUGGCCCCGCAGCACAGUGGCUCCCAGUAUUUUAACUACAAAAAGUUCUUCUCUGUGGUAUUAAUGGCCAUUGCUGAUGCAAACUAUUGCUUCGUUGCUGUAGAUAUUGGUGCAUAUGGAAAAGAAGGAGAUAGUAAUGUUUUUAAAAGAUCUACAUCGGGGAAAAGGCUCUAUGGCAAUAAACUUUAUAUACCAGAAUCUCGGUCAUUACCUUAUUCCAACGGUCCCGCACAACCAUUCGUUUUUGUUGCUGAUGAAGCUUUUGGUUUGCAUACAAAUUUAUUGCGACCAUACUGUAGACGAAAUUUUGAUGACAGAAUACAAAUUUUCAACUAUAGACUUACCGGAGCUAGAAGAUUCGUUGAAUGUACUUUUGGCAUUCUGGCCAAUAAAUGCAGAGUAUUUCACAACCUUAUUUUGGUUCACCCAGAUUUUGCUGUACAAAUUAUAAAAGCAGCAUGUGCACUUCAUAAUUUUGUCAGAAAACGCUAUGGUUAUCAGUUUGAAGACUCUUUAUCGUGCAAUUUAGAUGAUAUUGCUGUAACGGGUACUGGUGGAAAUAGGCAAACUGCUAACGCUGUUAGAGAUUUCUUUGCGAAUUAUUUUAUCACACCUGAAGAAGCUGUUCAGUGGCAGCAACAUAUGAUUUAA